AUGCGUUACGCUUUCUGUGCUCUGGCCCUCACGGCCGCAACUAUGGCCGUUCCGGUGUCUGUGACUACCGGAAGCCUCCCUCCUUCCUCCCACCCCGGAAACGAAGCCGCUCCGCGCGUGGAGGCCCGUACUUUCGGUCUCCUUUCCGGCCUGCUCGGCGGUCACGGUGGUGCCGGUGCUGGUGCCAAUGCUGAUCUCGGUGCCCACCUCGGUGCCGGCCUUGGUGCUGGCCUCGGGGCCGGUGGUAAGGGCGGUGCUGGUCUCGGUGCCAACGUGGGUGGCGACGCUGAUGUGAGCGGUAGCGCUGGACUGGGAGCCGGUGCUGGCGCUGGAGCUGACGGUGAAGACUGCGACGAAGACGGCGCUGGCGCUGGUGUCGGAGCUGACGUUGGCGGCAGCGGCAGUGCCGGCGCAAAUGUCGGUGCUGGCCUUGGUGGAAACGGCGGUGCCGGUGCCGGUGUUGGCGCAGAUGUUGGUGGCAGCGGCAGUGCUGGUGCCGACGUUGGUGCCGGCCUUGGAGGAAGCGGUGGUGCCGGCGUCGGUGCUGAUGUUGGAGGUAGCGGUGACGUUGGCGCUGAUGUUGGCGCUGGUCUUGGAGGAAACGGCGGCGCUGGUAUUGGCGCUGGUGUUAACGGAACCGGCAGUGCUGGCGCCGAUGUUGGUGCAGGCCUUGGUGGCAGCGGUGGUGCUGGUGCUGGCGUCGGUGCUGACGUUGGUGGUAGCGGCAGCGCCGGUGCUGAUGUUGGUGCAGGCCUUGGUGGCAGCGGUGGUGCUGGUGCUGGCGUCGGUGCUGACGUUGGUGGUAGCGGUGAUGUCGGCGCUGAUGUGGGCGCUGGUGGUAGCGGCAAGGGUGAUGCCGGUGUUGGAGCCGACGUUGGUGGAAGCGGCAGCGCCGGUGCUGAUGUUGGUGCUGGCAUUGGUGGCAGCGGCAGCGGAAAGGGUGGCGCCGGCGUUGGCGCUGAUGUUGGUGGAGGUGGCAGCGCCGGUGCCGAUGUUGGUGCCGGAAUUGGUGGUGGUGCUUCGCCCAGCGGCGGUGCCCCCUCUCCUAGCGGAACCCCCUCUGCUCCUUCUCCCUCCGGUGUUAGUCCUACUGAGGGCGAGAGCCCUUCGCCCACUGGCUCUUCUCCCGACACUUCCUCCCCCGACACUUCUUCUCCUAGCCCUAGCGGUGAUGCUUCCGGCGAUGUCUCUGGCGGCGCUGAGGGCGGUGCUUCCGGCGGUGCUUCCGGCGGUGCCUCUGGCGAUGUUUCUGGUGGCGCUGAGGGCGGUGCCUCUGGCUCCGGUGACGUGUCUGGCGAUGCCUCCGGCUCUGGCAGCGCUUCUGGCAGCGCAUCCGGCAGCGCUGGCGGCUCUUCUUCCGGCACCCCUACCUCCGGCGGCCCCGGCAGCUACAGCAGCCACAGUUCCAGCAGCUGGGGUAGCUCUUCCUCUAGCUCUUCUUCCAGCUCUUCCUCCUCCAGCUCCAACGGCCACUCCUCGUCCUCGGUCACCAUCAACGGCCACCCCGUCUCUGGCACCUCUGCUUCGAUUGAGUGCACCUUCGAGAACGGCUCCAAGGAAUGCCAGGAGCAGCACGACGGCCAGCCUGCUGACACUGACGCCUCCCCUGACUCCAACGACGACGAUGACAACGACGAUGAUGACGAGGAGUGCGAGUGCGAGGAGGACAACUAG